AGGUAACUAAAUGGAGGACUGUUUGGCCGGGGCUCAGCAGGGGGGAGUGCGGUAACGAAAGCACACAUCAGCAGGGUCACGGGCCGAGGUGAGAGCGGAGGUGCAGGAGGGCGGAGCGCGGAGGAGGAGCCCUGCAGGACCCGGAGACAGCCCGAUCAGCAUGAGCGCGACGAGCAAGUGCUGAGCCCCGCCGCCGUGGAUCAGCAUGGCCGUCAUCUACCGUGACAAGGCGUGAAAAAGGCAAGAUGGCAGAGGGUGCGGGCGGCGGUCCCGUCCUCCUCCUCCCGGGCCGGCGCGCUCGGUCCACCCGCCCCACCACCACCACGACCUCCUCCACGACGACGGCGGUCACGACCUGCUCACGUCCCGACGCCUCCCGAGGGUCGUCCCCGAUAAAGACUUUUGCUGAUAGAGACGCGUUACAGCCACGGGGAAUUUGUGUAAAUGCCGCGCCGGGAGGAAAUGGCGCCGUUAGCUGUCCCGGCCAAAGGGCGCUGGAGGGCCCCGCGCUCCCCCCGGCGGGGCGUCACGCUCAUUGUGUCCCUAGACGAGCGGCAGUGCCACCCGCGGGACCGCCCAUGCCGCGGGUGUCGCCUUCAAGCACCUGCACUCCCGAGGGCGCCAAAGUGUGCGAGGGCGGAGAGAGAGGCCCCCUGAGGAGUGCCCCCGGGGGAGUCCGUGGGGCGCUGAGACGAGGGGGGAGAUGGCCAGGGUGGGGCGGCGCACAAGCGGCCCUCCUGGCGUCCACCUUCCUGCUGACACUCCUGGCUCCCGCUCGCGGAUUUGAUCUAGGUAAGGCAGCGGAUCUUGGCACAGGAUCUACGACAGGUGAUUAUGCUCGAGGUCUUGAGUGUUGACGCAGCAUCUUCUCGCGUGAUGGAUAGAUUACAGAUGACUUUGUGUGGUCGGUUGUGAGAUGAUGGGAUGCUGAGGACGCUGGAGAAGAGG